UGGUCAUCCUUUGUAUUAAAAAAAGAAAAAGAAAAAAAAAAAGAAUUCAGCAAUUCAAACUUCAUAAAUGGUAAUCCUCCUCCCAAACAUAGAGAGAAAUAAUUUAUUUUCUUUUUGUUGCUUGACCUGUCAGAACAAGAAAAUGUCAUACAAGGGUAUUUCUUGGAGUUGCCAAGUAUGCAAAAAAAUGAAAGAUCCAGUGCCUAAAUUUGAAGGAAGCACAAAAGGAAACUCAAUCAUAUUAUUAUACAAUAUAUGGUUCCCUAAAUAAAAGCCCUUUGUUCUUCCUGAUUAAUUUUUAGCAGUGUAUUCUCCAUUGAAUUUCUCUCUGUAGCUAAAACGGAAUGCUAGCUAGCUUGUUAUGUCGGGAGAAGAUGAAGACUUGUAUAUUCAUAAUUUCCUGCAUUUUGUUAUAUUCAGUGCCUGGAACUCAGUCUUUCUCCUAUGAUUAUUCUGCAACAAGAAAGUGUUUGGUGAAGCCGCGCAGACCUCCUUAUGGCGGAGGCAUAAUAGUUAAUCCAGAAUUUAGGAAUAGCAUUGAAGGAUGGAAAGUUUUUGGAAAAGGGGAAAUGAAAAGAGGGAUAUCAGAGGAUGGAAACAAUUUCGCUGUGGCAUACAAUAGAUCAGGACCGUUAGACAGCAUCUCGCAGAAAGUUCAGUUGGAGAAAGGAAAGCUCUAUAGUUUUUCUGCUUGGGUUCAAAUCAGUGAAGGAAGUGAAACUGUAGCCACUGUGUUCAGAGCUGUUAAUAGUGAAUGGAUACAUGGUGGUUAUAUCAUAGCUAAGCACGGAUGUUGGUCUCUGCUAAAAGGCGGCAUGGUUGCUAAUGUUUCAGGCCUUGUAGAAAUUCUUUUUGAGUGCAAGAAUACAAUAGUGGAUAUAUGGAUCGAUAAUGUCUCAUUGCAACCAUUCACGAUGGAGGAAUGGAGAUCCCACCAAGAUAAAAUCAUUGAAAAGGUACGCAAAACCAAGGUGAAGUUGCAGGCAACUUAUGCUAAUCAGACAGUCUUCGAAGGUGCUGUAGUCUCUAUCAAGCAAACUAGGCCACACUUCCCAUUUGGAUGUGGCAUGAACCACUAUAUUCUUACCAGCGAAGCUUACAGGAAAUGGUUUUCUUCAAGAUUUAAGUUCACAACCUUCACUAAUGAAAUGAAAUGGUACAGUAUAGAAGCAAUCAAAGGACUAGAGAAUUACACAGUCGCGGAUGCAAUGCUUAGAUUCGCUAAGGAGAAUGGUAUUUCGGUUAGAGGUCAUAACAUCUUGUGGGAUAAUCCAGAGCACCAGCCUCGGUGGGUGCAAAAACUUCCUCCCAAGAAAUUGAGAAGAGCAGCAAUGAAAAGAGUAAACUCAGUUGCGCGAAGAUACUCGGGGCAGCUAAUUGCAUGGGAUGUAAUGAAUGAGAAUCUUCAUUUCAGGUUUUAUGAGCAAAACCUUGGCGAAAAUGCUUCUGCAGAAUUUCAUGCAAGAACUUACCAUUUUGAUCCACAUACAAGAAUGUUCAUGAAUGAGUAUAAUACCAUUGAAUGUAGUGAAGAUGAGGCAGCAAAUCCAGUUCAAUACAUAAAGAAACUUGAAGAGAUUCUUUCAUAUCCAAGUAACAAAGACAUGCUAGUGGGAAUAGGACUGCAGGGCCAUUUUACUUCUGGCCAGCCAAAUCUUGUUUAUAUGAGAUCUGCUUUAGACAUUCUUGGAUCGACAAAAUUGCCUAUAUGGCUUACAGAAGUAGAUGUUGACGAAGGCCACAAUCAGGCAAACUACUUUGAGCAGAUACUGAGGGAAGGCUACUCUCAUCCUGCUGUUAAAGGGAUCAUCAUUUUUGGAGGCCCAAGAAUAGCUGGAUUCAACGUUACAACUCUAGGGGACGAAGAUUUCAAGAACACUCCAGCUGGAGACGUUGUUGAUAAGCUGAUUGAAGAAUGGAAAACGGGGAAUUUGGAACUGGUUACUGAUAGCAAAGGAUUUGCAGAAGUUUCAUUAUUCCAUGGGGAUUAUGAAUUAACAGUUAAACAUCCAAGGAGCAAUUUCUCAACUACUUUAAGCUACAAGGUGGAAGAAGAAAAAUUUCAAGAAACUAUAAAUCUAAAUAUCAUCGACUAAGUAUCUUUGAUUCUCAAAGAUAUAUAGAAUUGAAAUUUCCUUUACAAUCAUUUAGUAGCCCUUCAAAAAGCAAUAUCACAAUAGCAUAAUUUUCUUCUCGAUUCUUGGGAACUUUAAAAAGCUGAACAAAAAUUUUAUAGACUUUUUCUCUUCUCAAACACUUUCGA